AGCGGCCGGGGGAGGCUAGAGCUGUGUCUGCGCGGGCGGCAGGCAACGGCUGAAGCGGGCGGCGGUAGCGUGGGUUGGGCUCCGGCAGACGGCGGCACCUCAAGACUCCCCCGGAGCGGGAGCCCACGCGGGCGGGCUCCUGAAACAAAGAGAAGCGGGAGUCCGGACGCCGCGGGGUGGGCGGUCAGCCGGUCAGCACCAGAGCCCGCCAGCGGGUGCCCGCGCUAGCCCCGGAGCGCGGCCGGCCGGCGGGGCCUGAAGGGCGGGAAGAUGCCGCGCGUCGUACCGGACCAGAGGAGCAAGUUCGAGAACGAGGAGUUCUUCAGGAAGCUGAGCCGCGAGUGUGAGAUUAAGUACACGGGUUUCAGGGACCGGCCCCACGAGGAGCGCCAGACACGCUUCCAGAACGCCUGCCGCGACGGCCGCUCGGAGAUCGCUUUUGUGGCCACAGGAACCAAUCUGUCUCUCCAGUUUUUUCCGGCCAGCUGGCAGGGAGAACAGCGACAAACACCUAGCCGGGAAUAUGUCGACUUAGAAAGAGAAGCAGGCAAGGUGUACUUGAAGGCUCCCAUGAUUCUGAAUGGAGUAUGUGUUAUUUGGAAGGGCUGGAUUGAUCUCCACAGAUUGGAUGGUAUGGGUUGCCUGGAAUUUGAUGAGGAGCGAGCCCAGCAGGAAGAUGCUUUAGCACAACAGGCCUUCGAAGAGGCUCGAAGAAGAACUCGUGAAUUUGAGGAUAGAGACAGGUCUCACCGGGAGGAAAUGGAGGUGAGAGUUUCACAGCUGCUGGCAGUAACUGGCAAGAAGACAGCAAGACCCUAGUCCUGGUUCCAACUUAGGUGGUGGUGAUGAUCUCAAGCUUCGUUAAUAUGAGAACAGCCCGUGUGCCGCCCAUCUCUACGUACACACUGCUUCUAGUUGGUAUAAAUAACUCAUUGUGCGACCAGAAACUGUGAUAACUAGAGGCACUACAGUGUAUGUCAUGACCUGAGGCAGUAAAGACGACACAUCAGCUGCCAUGGUUUUGCACUAUAAUACCUGCAUUUUUGAUUUCUAAAACAUGUAGCCAGUAAUAAUUUGGAUUUUUUUUUCUAUGCAAGCUUAUCUUGUUGACAUUGUUUCAGUUGGAUUGAAAGUAUCUACUUUCUUUGUUUUAAUUUAAAAGUUCAUGUCAUUUUAAAACAAGAUAAGAAAUUACAUUUGUAUCAGGGUUUUCUUUAGCCAGUUGCUUAAAAUUCUUGUGUACUUCAGACGAGUUGGUUAUACAGCUUUCUUUCUUAGAUAAGCGUUCUUGGUUUUGUUUCUUUUCUCUAUAUCAUUUUAUGUUUUUGUAUUCUACACCAUUUUACAAAUGAAGAUGUGCUUAUGUUUUUUACAAGCUGAAAACCUAGCAUAGAGCUGUCUGUCACAGCCUCCUAAUACAAAAGUUUACAGUUGUUAAAGCCACAGUAUCCUUUUAAAUGGUAAUAAUAAUUAAUUACCCUUUCUGUCCCUUUUAAACAUAAAUUUUAAAAUUAGCAUUAAUUUUCAUUUGUCUCAUAUCUGUUUCAAGUUACAUUCUAUAAUUAUGAGUUUGGAUAGAGAUAUUCU